GACCCAACGGGACCCAAGUUCGAGUCUGGGUCAUGUCACACAGGACCCAGACAGGACCUACAGGUUCCGCGGGACUUUCAGGUAGCCCGUAGUAAAGUCCUCGUCCCGUUCUGGAACAGCCCAUGCCAGUGCUGCCGGGGACCCCCGCCAUCAGCACUCAGGCGAACAGCAGCAGGAUGGGCGGCUCACAAUCGACGUGGGCUCGAGCAUGCGGAUGUCUUGCUGUUGGUCGACGACCGUGAUCUGGAAGUUGUCGCCGAUGUCUCCGGUGAUGAGGGGACCAGGGAACGUUCCCCCAGCCAGAACAGCGGCGCGCGGGACACCGUCGGGGGCGAUAGUCUGGUUGACCACUUCCAAGUAGUAGCCAACAGGCCCGAUGAUGUGGCCAGAGGCCAUGCGCGCUGCUGCAGUGAGAGAGAGGAGGGUGCGGAAAGAGAACAUGGCGAGAGGCAUUCCCAACGAAACGAAGACUGCGAUCGCGGUUGA